AUGUACCUUUCAGUUGUCGACGCCGACGAAAGAGUGCCGCCAGACCUCCCCCCCCCACCAAACUCUCCGCCUGGGCUACGACUUGUGGACGCAAAUACAGUCACAGUUGCAUCCUGUGACAUUCUUCGGAACGCCUUUCUUUCUGCUCUCUCCCAAGCGCCACAUACUGGUCGGCCCCCGAUGCGGCCUAUCUUGCUUUCGGGCCAUGAACGGUCCCUGACUCAGAUCAAAUUCAACCACGAUGGCGAUCUCUUGUUCUCCGUCUCCAAGGAUAAGGUUGUGUGCGCCUGGUGGUCUGCCAACGGCGAGCGACUAGGCACUUAUGCGGGCCACCUGGGUGCGGUCUGGACGGUGGAUGUUAGCCCCAACACAGUUCUCCUAGCGACCGGUUCGGCAGACAACACUGUGCGGUUAUGGAACGUCAAGUCCGGCGAGUGCGUGAAGGUCUGGGAGUUCCCGACAGCCGUCAAGCGGGUCGAGUUUUCGCCGGAUGGGAGCCAGCUGCUGGCGGUGACGGAGAAGCGGAUGGGCUUCCUGGGCUCCAUUGUGGUCCUCGAUAUCAGCUAUGGCGAGGGCGAGAAUGCAGGCUUUGAGGCCCAGUCCGAGGAGCCCCGCCUGAGGAUCACCUGCGAGGAGAGCAAGGCAACGGUUGCCGGCUGGAGUUAUCUGGGCAAAUACAUCAUCGCUGCUCACGAAGACGGCAGCGUCAGCCAAUAUGAUGCCAAGGACGGAGAGCAAAUUAAGAACGUUCAGGCCCACGAGUUCGACCACCAGAUCAACGACAUUCAGUUCUCCGCUGACCGGACAUACUUCAUCACUGCCUCCAAGGACAAGUCUGCAAAGCUCAUCUCCUGCCGCAACCUCGCCAUCCUUAAAACCUACGUCGCCGAUACUCCCCUGAACAGCGCCAGCAUCACUAGCAAGAAGGACUACGUUAUUCUGGGUGGUGGCCAGGCUGCCAUGGACGUCACGACCACCUCGGCCCGCCAGGGUAAAUUCGAGGCUCGUUUCUACCACAAGGUUUUCGAGGACGAGAUCGGCCGUGUGCGUGGUCACUUCGGUCCCCUCAACACCAUCGAUGUCCACCCGGCCGGCACGGCAUACGCCUCUGGUGGUGAGGACGGGUACGUCCGCAUCCACCAUUUCGACAAGCCCUACUUUGAUUUCAUGUACGAGGUCGAGAGAGAGCAGAUGAAGAAAUAAAUGAGACCAAAACAAGAAAAGAAGAAAAAAUAAUGAUCAACGAGAAACCUUUUUUCUAGAAUCAAAUCGAGCAUUCUCUGUAUGUGUUACGAGGCGAAGACUUCCGCAAGAAGGAAAAGAAAGAAAGAAAGACCGUUUCAAAAGAAAGGAGAAGAGGGUCGGGGUUUCUCAAACAAAGGGAAAACUCGACGCAGGGGGGUUUCGAUUUCGAAUUUCAUUUUCUACAUGAUAAAUAGGAGUUGGCAUCACAUUCUGUUUCUGUUAUCUUUCUCCCUUUUUUUUCAUCUUAUAUCUACUGUCCUCCACCCUUGCUAUUUAGGUAGUAUUAUGUCGACUAAAGGCGACUGGACUGGUCGAGCACCAAUACUACUUUCUCUACACCUAUCGGUAUAAA